AUGGUACCGCCUUAUCUCGCUGCCUUGGUCGAAGUUCUUCCGUCCAAGACUCUGGGCUGGCUUUAUAUUCCCUUUCCCGAUUCUAUCCAAGUUGAUGGCGAUAUUUCCGGUCUUGUGAUGAUCCUUCUAGGCACCUUGCUCGUCGAGGACCUGGAGAGGAAGAAGGGUAUAUACCCCCCCUCGAGCCCAUUCUCUUCAUGGCCAUUAAUUGAAUUCGCCAACCAGCCUACUCGACGACAAUCUAAGCCCAUACGAGACCCCGAGUUCGAAUCCCGGAAUGAGCAACAGAAAUUUCCCAGCAUGAGCACCAAGAGAUGUAGCACCCAGUUCAGCACCGGGGGCAUGAUUAAACACCAUAACAAGGCGUGGAAAUACUCGUUUGCACUACGUUGCUUUCCAACACACCUCUUCUUCUAUGUGGCUUCUCCGUAUAUUUCAGAGCGGCCUCUUCUCACUCUUCACCGACUUCCAAUAUAUGCGACUCUUGCGUUAUGGCCGCAGAGCCAGCGUAGAGCGCCCGCAGCGGCGCAGCCCACCCACAUCGAUUCUGUUGUCACAUUCCUGCCCACUCGCCUCUCUUUCAAUGCUUCAUCCAGACUCCGCGAGGCAUGUCAAACGAUUCAAAUUCAGGAAUUCCCGACAAGGGCCCGGCCAUCGCGAAGUAUAAUCAGGGGCGGGCGUGGAGAUGUAUCAGUUCAGGUAUGUUCGGAUGGCCGCGCCCCUGAAAGACUGGAUGUGCCCUCUCACACCCUCUCGGAGCACACAUUUUUCACUUCGGGUAUGGGGCUGCGCUAA